AUGAAGUUCCUACAAACCUCUCUUAUCGCGGCCGCCCUGCCUGCUGCCCUCGUCAGCGGUCGCUUCGUCGUGGAGAACGAGGGCGACAAUGUUCAGCUCGACGAGCCGGCCAAGUACCUCGUCGAGCUGAGCCCCGGCGAGACACAAUGGGUUACCGAGGAGGACAAGUGGGAUCUUAGACGUAACGGCCAAAACUUCAUGGACAUCACCGACACACAAGAGCUGGGCACCCUCCGCGCCAAGACUAGCCAAGCUUCCGUCGCGUUUCCCGACAAGUGCGUCAAGCAGAAGGAGGUUGGUGAGCUGGCGGGCCACCUGACCAAGGACGGGAUGCGCAGGAAUCUCGAGAAGCUGACCAGCUUCCACACCCGAUACUACAAGUCCGACUACGGCCGGCAGUCGUCAGAAUGGGUCUUGGAGAGGAUCAACGGCAUCAUCAAGGAUGCUGGCGCCGAGGACACCGUGACUGCGGAGCACUUUUCCCACUCGUGGCCGCAGAGCUCCGUCAUUGCGAGAAUCCCCGGCAAGACCAACACCACCGUCGUCAUUGGUGCUCACCAGGAUUCCAUCAACCUGUGGCUCCCCUCAAUUUUGGGUGCUCCUGGCGCCGACGACGAUGGAAGUGGCACGGUUACCAUCAUGGAAGUGUUCCACACGCUGCUCAAGGCCAAAGACGUUGUUGGCGGGUCUGCACCCAACACUGUCGAAUUCCACUGGUACAGUGCCGAGGAGGGCGGUCUCCUAGGCAGCCAGGCCAUCUUCCAGUCGUACGAGAAACAGGGCCGCGACGUCAAGGCCAUGCUCCAGCAGGACAUGACUGGCUUUGUCCAGGGAACCGAGGAUGCGGGCAAGCCGGAGAGCGUUGGCGUCAUCACCGACUUUGUUCACCCCGGCCUCACUGCUUUCAUCAAGAAGGUCAUCGAGGAGUACUGCAGCAUUCCCUGGGUGGAGACCAAGUGCGGCUAUGCUUGCUCUGACCACGCCUCUGCGUCAAAGGCCGGUUACCCUUCUGCCUUUGUUAUCGAGUCUGCAUUCGAGAACUCGGACCAGCACAUCCACGGCACCGAGGAUCUCAUCAAGUACCUGUCUUUUGACCACAUGCUUGAGCACGCCAAGAUGACUCUGGGCUUGGUCUACGAGCUCGCAUACCACGACUUUUCUUCAAAGGCGGUUGAGGAGCCAUCAGAAUUGUAA